UCGUGGUCGUGGACUGGACUGUCACGUGACUGUCUAGGCUCUUUUCAUAACGAGCCAGAGCAGGACCUUCACCAAGAGCCACAUGAACCAACCAAGCCCGCUGCCGACACCCCACCCACAAAAAGAAAGGCCCCAACGGGCCCAGCCAGUGUGCAUCAUGCUACAAAGAAGGUCCACACAGAAGAUCAAACGGCGAUGAGCCCAAUGAUUCCUAAAGACACCCCCAAAUCAGGACCAUGGAUUCUAUGCCUUGGUGGCCAACCAGGGACGCCUCGCCGUCCAACCUGGAUAUACAUCUUCCGCGAUUCGUGGUUUCCAAACAUUUUCCGCCAGGGAACAACACUAGAGCAGUAUCUACAGCACCGCAUGGAUGAAGCCAAGGCUGUAACAACACUCCACAAUGAGCCAAUCGACUUCAGUGACGCAGUUGCGGUGAUACGAGCUGGGGUAAAGUCGUCUUCAACACCAUCUUUAGCGCCGGGCGCAUAUGCGGAUAAGCACACCGAAAUCGAAUACGUUGCAAGUUGUCAUGAAUGUGGCGAGACGUUCUCCCAGGAACAUAUGCAAGCGGCUUCAAAGCUGCAGGUGGCUCUCCUUGCCCUGCUCCUUACGCAUUUAUUCUUCCACGCAUAAUCUUGAUUUCAACGUUAUCGCCUGCAACCACAAGGAAAAUUUUUCAUCGCCAUUUAACAAGAGAUGUCAUCUACUAAAUCAACACUCUAUGGAGCUCGUCAACACGUUGAACAUUAACCCGCGAGUUGAAGCACGCUGCGAGGGCAGAGUCCUCAGAUCAUCUUAUCCACUCCAGACCGGGCUACAAUAUCUGCACCAUCAAGGAGCUUUGGAGCGCGAUAAAAAACAAAGAAGUUAAUACACCAGAAUCUAGCCGAUUCACGACAGCCAUUAUGUCACUUAUUCAACUUGAGCCUCCACCCCCACUGCCUGCGUUUUCACUCCAACCGCGACUCUUACUGCCUAAGUCCUCUGAAUCUCCGCAGCAUCUCAAUCUUUUUAGCAUUAAUGCGAUAGGAUGUUGUGUAGAAAACAU